AUGCUCAACUUCGGCCUUUGGCUCAUCAUCAUUCUCAUGUUGAACAUGCUGAUCGCGAUGAUGGCGAAGACCUUCGAUCGCAUCUUCGAGAAGUCCAUGGUGGACUACCAGUACAACUUCGCAGGGUUCGUGUUGACGAUGCGCCAUGAGCAUGCUGUACCCCCUAUUGCCCGACUCUGCGGGCUGCCUUGGACGCUGGGCAAGAACAUCUACUACAAGACGUGCGGCCCGCGCGAUGAAGAAGCCAGUGCCCAGAGUUCCGGCGGGCACGCAAAGCUGCGCGAGACCUUCUUCAAGGAAUCCAAGGAGUCUCAGGAGGCGGGACCCGGGGCCGGCGGCACAACGGUCAUUCCCACGAACCUCGAAGCCCAGCCCGCGGCAGAGGUCCAAGAUGUCCAGUUCCAGUCCGUUGUGGAGCAGCCACCAGCAUCAUCCAGUCAGGCCUCGCAGGAGCCCGUGACUGCGCAGUCGAAGUCGGUGGACACCUAUGAGCUGUCAGUGCAGCUGCAGAAGUUGGUGGAGAAGUUCCUGGAGGAGCACGACUCGGACGCUGCCUUCCAGGACGAGCAGUUUCGACGUCAGGUGGCGCAGAAGCUCUGGAAGCUGGACUCUCACGUGGAGGACCUCAUCGAAUACUGGCAGGUCAACACCCGGAGAAGCUACAAAGCACAGCGCGCCCAACUGCGGAAGAAGCAAGUGGCGCGGCACAUCGCCACGACCUGGAUUAGCACCUCGAAGGCCUCGAAGAAUCUGAGUAAGUCGCAGGCCAUCUUGAGUCGGGGUGUCAAAAAAGUCAAAGCGCAGAAGUAUGGCAAGAAGGACACGGAAUGA